AUGUCAUUCUAUAAAAUGCCUCGCAACAUUUCCGAAUUACAAGCAUUGGUUUCUUCAUUCCACAAAUCAAAAAACCCACUUCUUGCUUUGGAACUUCUCUCCAAAGCACUAGACCAAAACCCAGAUAUCAAAACCUUGAAAAAUUUCCAUACCAAGAUUUUUUACCUCAAUUCACAUCAAAAUCCAUCUCUAGGGAUCAAACUCAUGAGGGCAUAUGCUGCUUGUGGAGAACCUGGAAUGACACGCAAGGUGUUUGAUGAAAUGUUUGAGAGAAAUAUUGUUUUCUACAAUGUUAUGAUUAGAAGCUAUGUCAAUAAUUAUUUGUACAAUGAUGCUUUGUUUGUUUUUAGGGAUAUGGUUAAUGGAGGGUUUAGACCUGAUAAUUAUACGUAUCCUUGUGUUCUUAAGGCUUGCUCUUGUUCAGAAAAUUUGAGUUUUGGGUUGCAGAUUCAUGGAGAUUUGUUGAAGGUUCGAAUGGAUUUGAAUUUGUUUGUUGGGAAUGGUCUUAUUGCUAUGUAUGGGAAAUGUGGUUGCUUGGUUGAGGCGCGGCGUGUGUUUGAUGAGAUGUUGUGCAGGGAUGUUGUUUCGUGGAAUUCCAUGGUUGCGGGGUAUGCACAAAAUAAGCGGUUUGAUGAUGCGUUGGAGAUUUGUAGGGAAAUGGAGGAUUUGGGACAAAAACCAGAUGGAGGUACCAUCGCUAGUCUCAUGCCAGCUGUAGCCAAUACUUUGUCGGAGAAUGUUUUGUGUGUUGAGAAGAUUUUUGUGAAUUUGGAGUGGAAGAAUUUGAUUUCGUGGAAUGUGAUGAUAAGAGUUUAUCUGAAAAACUCCAUGCCUACGAAAGCCGUGGAUUUGUAA